AUGAGUGGUGAAGAAGCAUCUGAUUCAACAUUUACUAUACAACAGGAACUUAAAUUGGAGUUCAACCAAGUUAUGGAUACUUUAAUUUUACAAAUAUCAUGGCGUUUUGAAGCAUUGUCGAACAUUGCUAACGAUUUUGAAUUUCUUUCUGGGUUCCAUCUUAAUACGUUGUCAAUUGAAGAUCUUAAAAAGCACGCUGCUGAUCUAGUUUUAAAAUAUAGUUCAGAUCUGAAUAGUGAAUUGCUAAAUGAAAUUGAAUACAUAUUAUUAAAUGGCAUAAAAACAUAUGAACUAAGCUCAGUGUAUCCAAAUUUAGUUAUCGCUUACAGACUUUUACUUACUUUUCCUGUAACAGUUGCAUCUGGGGAAAGAUCAUUCAGUAAACUCAAGCUAAUUAAAACAUAUCUCCGUUCAACCAUGACUCAAGAAAGAUUAUCGAUUCUUGCUAUACUGUCAAUAGAAAAUAAAAUGACGCAAACUAUCAAUUUUGAUGAUGUUAUUGAUAACUUCGCAUCGAUCAAAUCUCGAAAAAUAAGUUUAUGA